CACAUGAUCAUAUGAUUCUUGUCAAAAUUCGGUAACUACAUUCAACCCGCUUACGAAUUAUAUUCGUUUGUAUUCAGAUCCUGCACUUGUUUCGCCCCAAAAUGUCAGGAAAAGACAAAAUUGCCAUUUUUCCAUCGCGAGGAGCACAAACGCUGAUGAAACACCGUCUUGCCGGUGCACAGAAAGGUCAUGGUCUUCUAAAAAAGAAGGCAGAUGCCCUUCAAAUGAGAUUUCGCUCAAUCUUGAAGAAAAUCAUUGAUGUAAUAUUGAUGGGAGAUGUGAUGAAAGAGGCUGCCUUUUCACUUGCUGAAGCCAAAUUUGCCACAGGAGACUUCAACCAAGUGGUGCUGCAGAAUGUCACAAAGGCUCAGAUCAAAGUUCGGUCUAAAAAAGACAAUGUUGCUGGAGUAAAUUUGCCAGUGUUUGAGAGCUACCAAGAUGGUAGUGACACAUAUGAGUUGGCGGGUUUGGCUAGAGGAGGUCAGCAGUUAGGCAAGCUAAAGAAGAACUAUCAGAAAGCUGUCACUCUGUUAGUGGAGCUUGCAUCACUGCAAACGUCGUUCAUAACGCUCGAUCAGGUCAUCAAGGUGACCAACAGAAGAGUAAACGCCAUUGAGCAUGUUAUCAUACCUCGCAUUGAGCGGACACUUGCAUACAUCAUCUCCGAGCUUGACGAGCUUGAGCGCGAAGAAUUCUAUCGGCUAAAGAAAAUCCAGGAUAAGAAACGUAUUUCACGUGCAAAAGCUGAACUUGAAAAAGCCAAACGUAAAGCUGAGGGCGAUUUUGACGAAGAAGCGGCUAACAUUCUUGACGAUGCGCAUGACGAAGACGUUCUUUUCUAA